GCGUGGGCGCCCCUUUGGCAGCCCCGCGGCGGCGCUGGCGCUGGCGGCGGGCUCUUCGAGGGCUGCCGCGCCCAGAGGCCUGGCGAGCCGCCGGCCGGGCCGCACCGUGAGGAGGCGGAAUCCGCGCCGCCGGCCGAGCCCUUACCGUCGGCGCGGUGUGGUGCUGGUUUCGUCACCCUGCUCAAUCCCACCAUGAGGGGCGUGGAGAGCACGUGCUGCCCCGCCGGGGAGCAGCGGUGUGCCGGGUGCUCGUCGUGGGCUCCCAGCGGCGACGCGAACGGGACGUGCGCGAGGUGCAGGGGCGGCUUCAUCGACCGCCAGGGCGCCUGCGUCUCCUGCGUGGACACGGCGGGGUGGCUGGACGCCAAGGGCAGGACCUGCCAGCAGAUGCGGCGCAGCCUGGGCAAGGCCUCCUGCUCGGACACCAAGGUGAAGGGGCUGAGCGCCAAGCAGGCCUGCUGCCACUGCAAUGGAG